AUGGAGAAGUCCUGUCGGACGUGGCUGUCGGGCUGGGUUCGCAAUGGUAUGCAGCCCGUUCGGUUGGAGCCCAACGUUUGCCUCACGAGCUGCUUCCCGGUAAGAGUUGAUGAGCAUGGCGAGAGAAGCGCUGGGAACCAUGUGUCGACGGGGGCUUGGGCGUGCGACUGGCGAAACGUGGAAGACGACCAGCCCUCGCCCAGCUUUCUUCACCGGCUCGUCAACAAGCCUGACGGAAGGGGUCUCCGCGGAACUCAGAUGGUGCUUCCUCGCAGCUGGGAUAUUGCCCUCACUGUUCUGGAAGCUCUCGAGCACGGACGAGAUCCGGUGGAGGUGGUAUUGCACAAGUCUCUUGACCCUGACAGAGGAAACGCGACGAAGACGGCAGAGGGCAAGACAGACGUGUAUCAGGGGAUCACGGUCGAGGAGCUGGGCACUAAAUGGCAAGGAACAGUGGAUGAGCUUGAGCGAAGAGGAAUCACCGUCACAAACGCCAAGAAUGCUUUGGAGGGAGCUCUCUCCAUCAGGGAGUUCGACGGAUCACUCGUUCGCCGCGAUAAAUUUGUCUUUCUGGACGUCGUUUGGCUGGCGAGAAUACUCAAGCCCUUGCUCAAUCACAAGGACCAAGAGAACUUUGACGGCUGUGUGAAUCUUGGGGACACGGGCGACGCGCGCAUCACCCUCGACGAUCCGUUAGACAUCGCUUCGUGGGACAGGCUCAAGAGGGAGGGCGUGCUUGAACCCAGGUUGGCGUAUGCCAUGUGGCCGGAUGGUCUGUCCGAGUAUGUGCUGCCGACUCUAGCAUCCUUGGGUCUCACUUUCCCACUCGAAAAUGAUCCUGCUGAAGGCCUGGUAGUGCUGUUGAGGCUAAAGCCAACCCGCCCCGGGAGUGUCGGCAAAGUGAUCGAGACCUUCUGCUCGGGGCUCACCCCAGCAUUCAGCGCGAGUUGGAAGAUCUUCCUCGGUGUACCGCCUGGAGCGAUUGAAAAGGUGUUGACACGGUGCUGCGGUCUUGGUCGGGUGCGAACAUUCUGGCGGUAUGGGGUGCUUGUGCAUGGCGGCCUCGGCGUCCAAGAUGGGCGUAGCACGUUUGCUGUGGUAUUAGAAUACUCAUCCGCUGGCAACGAGCUUACUGCUCAGAUAUUCGGCGGUAUCAGCACGCCAGCUGCGUGGGUGGCCCUGUCAUACGUCAUGUCGGCCGUGAGACUGAUGCUGGUGGAUUUUCCCGGGCUGCGCUGGAAAGGCUCGCUGAAGUGUCCUCAGCAUGGUGACGCGAUGCCCUUUGUGAAUAUGGCGAGGAGCGAUGGAGACAAACUUCUGGAAGGCAGUAGAUGCCCACACUGCAGUGAAGACACCGGCGGGCUUGGGGAAGCGGCAAUCGAUCUUGUGCGUUUGGUCGACAUCCGACUGAACCGAGACGUGAUUUUCAACGGGGUGAAGGCGAGGUUCGACGACCUGGAGAGUCAGUACUCCUUCACUCUCCCGACGCACGAUCGCUCUAAGGAGGAGGGCGAGUUGAUUCGAAAGAUCGACGGCGUGGCUACAGCUGUGCAGGGGGCGAUCAAUGAGGUGAAGGGUGAGAUGAAGGAAGGAUUCAACGAAAUGAAGGUUGAUAUGGAGGGAGGGUUCAAUGACACCAAGACCGAGUUACGUGACGUGAAGGACGAGGACGGGUUGGGCAUGAUGACGGGAAGGCUGGACAAGGUGCUAGCGAGCACCCAGGAAAGCGUGAUGCGCCUCAGAGAAUUGCAGGCCCCGAACUACCUUUACCCUCGCCUUGUCGUCGUCAAGGAGGCUGGAAUUGAUGGCAGAUCUUCGAGGGCAACUGGGUGGAAGAGAUGUCUUCCGAGCAUACUUCGUGGCUUGGGAAAGAAGGACAUGACACUUCAUUUCUUGUGCCCGGUCGACAUGACAAAGGUGCCGUGCGGCUAUGGUGGUGACGGUUAUCGAUUUCAGGAAACGCGUGGCUGGGUGAAGAAAAUAUCUCCUGUGCUGCAGGUAAGACGAGAAUUUGUAAGAAGCCGGUGGGAGUUGGUGACACUAUUUGUAGGUGGGGUUUACGGUGAGGUUCUACGCUUCCUGAUACCCUCCUGUUUUGGAGGAGGUCGCAUUCCGAAUGGACACCUCUCGCAAUGCAACACGGGUUACCAUUUGCAAGGCGUCAAGCAUUGGGCUAGGUGGCUUGGGUAAUGCCUUGACAUGCGAGUGAUCAUGAGCUGUGGUAUAAAGUAUUUUAUUUGUCGUCGGUUUUGUUUGUGCGCCCUCUUCCUUUAGGUGGCCGUGGUGACCGCAAAGGUGGCACUGAACGCAACGACAGGACUGAACGUGGAUAUCUCUGAUUUCCUCAAGGACGUGAAAGAUGGGUUGGUCGAGGAGCUAGUCGACCGCGCUCUCGACGAGGAGGCGCUGCUCCGUGCUGUUUCGGGUGAGGACAACAUCGGCGCAGAUUUGCAAAGGGACACGAGGGCCUCGUACGAAGCGCUGAAGGUUUUCAUGGAAAACGAGGAACGCAGAAGGCGGAAGAACGCCAGGGAUGGGGAUGGCUACGUAGACUUCAGGGACGAGAUGAAGCGUUUACCCGACGGAAGAGGGGGGGAGGUGUGGAUUCGGAACGCGAACGUUCGAAAGUGGCUAGACUCGAUUUCGGUUACUGCUCCAACUAGCUAGACACCACCCUUCGCAGACACUUCUCGCACAUGGUUUGGACUAAUGUAGAAAUCUGCGCAACACUUGGUGUCGGAAGUCACCAAGAGAGGAACCGACGAGUUGGAAGAACUGAAUGCAGUAGUUUCCUGCGUCAAACGGGAGUCAAAAAUACUACAGUGAACAUGAUUAAACGCCAAUGGAGUGGUGGUGGUGGAUGGAGACCUUUAGGCCGUCGGAAUUCCCGGGGGAGAGCUGCGGCAGAGUACGGGGUACAACAAUGAGGUUCGGUCGGAUCCGGUUCUUGUUGCCCCGCUUGCGCAAAUCAUGGCGGGAAACGGCCUUGAAGGUGCGAGAGAAUAUUGCCACAUGCACGGGCUUGUCAACCACUAAAAAUUUCAGGUUUCAGUGCAAGCCGUGCCAGGCGAAAUCAGCAGCCUGAUGCACAGGAAGUAGCCAUGAUGAGGGACUUGUUGCCUCGGCUCUUUUAGGCUUGGCUGUGCUUUUCUCUUGACGCGGAUCGGUGCAUCCCUGGUACCGUUGGUGAUCUCGCACUGCCGGGGGGCGGCGGCGAGGUUCACGUUGCCCCCUUGAAUUUGGGUUGGGUUCGACUUUGGGUGUGAGCUGAAAUGAAACCAAGACGUUGUUGACUUCGUGAGGUUCAUCAUGCUGGUCCAUUUCGACC